AUGGCUGCUUCGAAACCACCAACUGAUACUGAGAAUAACUUUUGCCGACUUCAUGAUGAUCAACACGUAUUAUAUGAUGAUGGUGGUGGAGACUUUCUUGUGUAUCCCGUAUGCAUUCACGAACAAUUGCCAGUUACCGAACGACACCAUACACGGCUUCUAGAUGUUAUACACGAUCUGAGUGAAAGAAGACGAGAUUUUCAUCCAUAUCCAUUACCUGCUGAAGAUAUCAUUGAUCCUGAUCUAUUGCCUUCUCGACCGGGAUCAACAGUUGAUCGAAAUCGAUGGCUUGAACGACUGUUAAAACAAUUACGACAUUCGAGCGACUAUAAACAAUAG